GGAUAUAAAUUCGACCCGACUGUUUACGGUAUUGGAUCUGUUACUCGGUUGACACUCGACAAUUCCCAAUUUAUUUUCAUUUUUAUCAGUUGAGCUUGAGCUAAUCUGAAGCUAUGGAAACUUGUGCAUUUCAAAUCCGUCCCCACUUCCCACUCCUCUCCGCUUCUACGAGGAAAACUAAUAAACUCAUCAAGGUUUCUGCACAAAGAAACUCGGAGAAUGGAUAUUCAUCGAUUGCAGCAGAUAAGGUAUUAAGAAGAGUGAUUUUGCAGCUUGUGGGAUUUAAUGUAAUUUUUGGAAAUGCUUGUGCUGUACUUGCUGCACCUCUGCAGGAGAUGAAAGAACCAGAUGUCCUCAGGACACUGAAGCUUGCUAGUGGAGUUAGAAUACAAGACAUUGUUGAAGGACAAGGCACGGAAGCUCGUGAAGGGGACACUGUAGAAUUUAAUUACGUAUGCCGGAGGUCGAAUGGGUAUUUUGUUCACAGCACUGUCGAUCAGUUCAGUGGAGAGAGUAGCCCGGUUAUACUUCGUCUGGAUGACGAGCAGAUAAUAAGAGGCCUAAAGGAGGUUUUGAUUGGCAUGAAGAGUGGAGGAAAGCGAAGAGCUUUAAUACCUCCUUCUGUAGGAUACGUUACUGAAACCCUACAACCAAUUCCUGAAGAGUUUGGUCCUCGGCGUAGCCUUUUGUCUCAUUCGAAGGAGCCUUUAGUGUUUGAAGUCCAGCUCCUGAAAGUUGUAUGAGGAGUAAUCAAUCUCUUUUAGGUUUUGAAAACCUGUCAUGUAAAUUGAAAUUGGUGGAUCAUAUGUUCUCUGGUUAACUACAAUAGUUGCUUAUAUUUAUUGCUUUGAUUAUCAUCUUUGUUUUUAGGGCAAA